AUGGGAGAUAUCGCCAAUGAAAUCAAUGGCUUCAUAAGCGAGCACAACGCAAGGAGGAGAGGGAUGCAAGAUACACGGAACAUCUUUCCCGUCGUGCACUCGACCUACUAUGCCCCAAGCUUGAUGUUCUCGGAUCAAGACACCAAUGGCCCUCCUACCCAGAGCAUUGACAUGUCGAUCGCCAGCAGCUCGACAUAUAUGUCGUCCUGCUUCGACAGGUCAACCCCCAGAGCAGCAUCUGUUCUCACAGAACCUUUCCCUGUCCCUAUCUCCCCGUCACUUGUAUGCGAAUUCAUCGGCCUUGGAGGGUGCAAUGAAGUAUUUGACUCCUCCAACGAGGCUGGCUGGAUCGCACACAUCGCAGAGAUGCAUCUUCACCACAUGUUCCCUGCAACAUGCAUAUGCUGGUUCUGCGAUCGUACUUUCCAUGCACCAUCAUACAGCCAAGCGGACACCGAGGCCUGUUAUCGGAAGCGGAUGCAUCAUAUUGCAAAGCACUUGCGAGGCGGCUUGCCUCCGGGAAGUCAGAUGAGGCCUGAUUUCUAUUUCCUGAGCCAUCUUCAUGACUGUGGUUUGAUCGACGAGGAGAUGUUCCAGAGAGCGACAGGGUAUCACGAGGUCCCUCAGAUCCCAGAUCUGUAUCCUGCCGGCUCGAGACCUGGACAUGACCAAAGACCUGCACAGGUGGAGAUAAGCCGGUCGCGGCACCGCAAGUCUCGGAAGUACCAUUGUUAA